AAACCAACUUAUGACGUGGCCAAGAACACGUUUGAACCCGCCUAUGACGUGGCCAAGAACACGUGGGACUUCGCCGUCUCGCGGAGGGUCUACGGCGGCGACGACACGUUGAGGGCCUCCUACCAGACAUCCAGCAGGGUUCUGGGAGUUGAGUGGUCGAGGAAUCCCAAACACACUGCUGGCUUCAAGAUCGUAGCAUCUGUUAACUUGGCCGAGGAGUUGAAAGCUCCCAAACUUGUUGCUGAGACCACAUGGAAUUUUGAGAUGUAGAUUGGUUCCAAUAUAUUGUUUCAAUUGCUUGCUAGGUUUACUGUCAAGUUUUCAAGGCUUUUUGGGUCACCAUUGGGCAUAUUUUUGCCUUUGAAUAUUAUAUUCUUGGAAGUGUUUUGAUCAUGUUAUGAGCAACUCUGGCAUUAAUUGUCCA